AUGUCGGGACCGCCUGAAGAAGCUCGGAGGAAUCUAAUUCUCGCAAAGCAACGUGAACGGGAAGCGGCUGAACACCUGCGUCAAAAAGAAGCUCUGUUAAAAGAGUCUGACAAAGACCACACGGUAGACCGAUUUAUUGGAGUGACUGAGAACCUCGAUGAACGGCUGAUCAAGACAACUGUUGGCCUGGUCACACUUUCAGAGUUUCAAAAGACCAAAGAUGACCUUGAGGAACGACAAAGACAGCUGGCAGCUCAGGCUGCCAUCGACAAAAACGUGAAAGGGGCACCGAAACCGAAGAAGGUAAAAAAGAAAGAGAAAUCAAAGUUGUCAUUUGCAGACGACGAAGAAGAAGAAGCUGGUACUGACGAUGAGAACAACAAGAAGAAGUUCAGUAAAAACCCAACAGUCGACACUUCGUUCCUACCUGAUCGACAGCGGGAGGAACGUGAACAGAUUGAACGUGAACAGUUGAGAAAACAGUGGUUGGCACAACAGGAGAAAACGAAAGGGGAAACGAUUGAAAUUACUUAUUCUUUCUGGGACGGUAGUGGCCAUCGAAAGGCCGUAGAGUGCAAAAAAGGGGAUGACAUUGGCACCUUCCUAAACAAGUGCCGUCAACAAUUUCCAGAGCUUCGAGGAACUAGUGUGGAAAAUCUUAUGUACAUAAAAGAGGAUCUGAUAAUCCCCCACCACUACACAUUUUACGACUUCAUCAUCAAUAAAGCCCGGGGAAAGUCUGGACCGCUGUUCAACUUCGAUGUUCAUGACGACGUGCGUCUGCUGGCAGAUGCAACGGUAGAGAAAGAUGAGUCACAUGCUGGAAAAGUCGUGGAAAGAUCGUGGUACAACAGAUACAAGCAUAUAUUCCCCGCAUCUCGUUGGGAAGUUUAUGAUCCUGACAAGGAAUAUGGCGCAUAUGUAAGUCUCUAA